CAUUUUGCAAAGUAGAUUUUUGCUUCAUUUUGUUUCUCUAGAAUAAUGCAUAAUAUUAAUUAGCAUAAAAUGUGGAAUUAAACCCUAAAUAACACCAUUAAAUAUGAGAUGUCUCCAUUUGGAUUAAAAUAAUAAUUACAUAAACUUUAUAUCAAUUGGCAAACACUUAAUAAAGUAACUCCUAUAUGCCAGGCACUUUGCUAGACUCUUAAGGAAUACAGAGACAAAAAUAAAACAAUUCUCACACUUAGGAGUUUAGAUUCUAUUUUGGUAAAAAUACAAAUAUUUAUAAAAUGUUCAAACUAAAGAAGGAGAGGCCUUGGUUCCUGGGAGAAUGGAAGAGACAAGAGAGGGAAUGUCACAUAUGAGAAAUGGCAGCCUGGAGAUCAGUUUUGCUGGACUGGAGAGUCCCUGAAAGAUGGUGACGUAAAAAGUGUCAGAAAAGUUGGGCUUGAGGUGAUUGUAAAGAGGUUUCAAUACCAAACAGGAGUUUGUGUUUUGUACUAGAGGCAAUAGAAAGUUGCUAGGACUUCUGGGGCAGGGCAAUGAUGUGGAAUAUUUUGGCACCUGUGGGAAAGUUGGCUUAGAAGUAGCAGAGAGAAAAGUUAGAAGGAUUUGCUUUUUUUUGGUUAAUAAUUACAUUCAUUUAUCUCUAGUGGGAGAGAAUGAGGAAGAAGGCCAGAGUAUAGGGGGCCAAAUCUGGAAAUGACUUUUGAGAAUUCUGUGUCCAAGUCUUUUAUGAUAACCCCCUUAUUUUCUCUGAUCUUUUUUCCUGUGCUGUACUUAAGAAAGUUUUCAUUCUUUUGAAAGGUAUGCUCAAAGACUAGGUUAUGCUGACCCUGCUAUUCUUGUUCUGCAUCAUUUCAUGUCUUCCAUAUUUUGGUGGUGGUGGUAUCAUUUUACUAAUUGCUAUCCUUCAGUUUAUUAAGUUCUUUAUUCUCAAAUUUGGAAAUGUUGGUAGGCUCUAGAUUUUUGCUAUAUUACAAAUCCAUUAUGAAUAUUUUACUAACAAAGAAUAUAAUCCCAGAAGUGGGAUUGUUGUGUUAAGCAAUAUGAUCAGUUUUGUGACUUUUAUUGGAGAUUGCUAUAUUUGUUGUUAUCUAGUCAUUUUUCAAUUGUAUCCAACUCUUUGUGAUCUAAGUUUUCUUGGCAGAGAUACUGGAGUCCUUUGCCAUUUCCUUCUCCAGGUCAUGAUGAAGAAACUGAGGCAAACAGGGUCAAGUGACUUGUCCAGGAUCUCACAGCUAGGAAGUGCUUCAGACCAAAUUUGAACUUGAGAAGAUUCAUCUUCCUGACUGUAAUUGCCAUAUUAUUGCUCUCCAGAAAACUUAUACUAGUUUCUUGUUCUGCCAAUAAUAUGAAUACCUUUUUUUUCAUUGCCCUACCACUACUGAAUUUCACAGACACAGAAGCCAUCUAGUUCAACUAGUACUUUUAUAAGUUUUUCUUCAAUGUAACUUACAAGUGGUGAUCCAAAUUUUUUUUUAUUAUUUUAGACUAUUUUUGCCAUGGCCAUUUGUACAACUACCUCCUAAGUUUUUCACUAGAUUGCCCAGUCCAUAGGAUGAAGAGUCUGAGCAAGAGCAGAUCCCCCUCCCCUUCUAUCCUCACACUCAAAGUCUCUUCUCUAAAUUCCCAGAUCCCAAAGAGUUAACCAUGAAAUACUACUAAAUCAAUUAACAAGUACUUAUUAAGCCCCUGUUGUAUUAGAUGUUGGGCUACAAAGACAAAAUGAAACCAGUUUAGUUCUCUAAGAGCUUGCCAGAAGCUUAUGGGAAGUCACAAGGAUCAGCUGUCUCUUGUGGCAAUUCCUAGGGUCAGAGUAGAAUUGAGAGUGAUCCUGGGAAUUGAGCCCACUGAGUGCUUUCCCAACACUGACUCUCACUUGCCAGGUAGCCCUUGGCUCAUGUGCAUGUCCUGCUUUUUCCAUUUAGAUUGUAUCUGGUCAGUUUCUAAUUAUCCCCACAGUUGAGGGAUAGGUCCUCUGUUUUUCUUUUCAGGGAUGUAGGAUUUUGUUGUCAGAGUGGGUCCUUUCUCUGAGCCAGUCUUAGCUUUUCUGUUCAUUAGCUGAUAGUCUCCUGGAGAGGCCAUGGUCAAACUUGCUGGUCGUGUGAUCCUGCUACUAAAGGAAGCCAGUCUGUGGACAGCAGAUACUCAGUUGUUACAUAGUGCACACGUGGAGCCUUUAUGGCGUCACACAGGCUGAGAGAGGCAGGCUGCUACAGGGACUCUGAAGCUAAAUUCUGCCCUUUGGUUCUUAGGGAAAUGUCUCUGGACUUCAUUUGUGAAAUGAAGGGGCCUGACCUGAGGGCCAAUGGGCACCCCUUCCAGCUUUAACUCUGGUGCCGUGGAGGUUGGAAGUGAAAGAGACUUCUGUAGCCACUGAGUCAGCUAACUCAUCCCAGCAGAAGCAUCCCCACUCUAACAUACCUGAUGAGUGAUGGUCUUUGCUGAAGACAGACCUUGAGGCGGAGGGGUGCGGGGAAGGCACUACUUUCUGAGGCAGCCCAUUCUACUUUAGGACGGUCGUAGUGUAAGAAGUCUUUCCUUACACUGACAAGCCUACACUCAGCCCUGCAAAACUUAAAGCUUGAUAAUGCUUGCCUAUUGGCCCUGGCCUAGCCUUAAGGCACCCAGAGCAGCCAAAGUAGGGCUUUAGUGGAGAACUUGGCCUCCCAUAAUUAGGUCUAUUCCCACCAACAUAGAAUGAGAGGAGGCCAAGUAGAGGGUGAUAUAAUAAUAAGAGCACUGAGCUGGAGACCUUGGUUUGAGUUCCAGUUCUAUCACUACUUCCUGGUUUUGGACAGAUCAUUUUGGCUUGAUGUUAGGGGGAGGAGGAGGAACAAUUUCCUAACAGUUAAGGCCAGCAUAAAGCGAAAUGGGUUGCCUUGGAAUGGAAUUGAUUCUCCCUUAUCGGAGGCUAGAUGGACUCUUGUCAAAUAUGUUGUAAAAGGGACUGAAUGGUCCCCAUAGACCCUUUCAGAGUCCCUGGCUUUCUGUGAUUCUGUCCCUUUGGGCCUAUGCUUCUUCCUUUUUUUUAACUGAGGUCCUGGACCUUUCUUUUGCAUCUAUCUCAUUCUUGUGUUAUAAUUGUGUAUCUUCUUUCUUUGGGAGAGAAAGUGAUGUUGUGGAAAAAUAACAUUGGAUUGGAUCAGAAGACUGAAUUUUGAAUUACAGCGCUGCACUUUCUAGCUUUCUGACUGAGUAGUCACUUCCUGCUUUGGGAAAUGAGGGAUUAAACCAGAUGAACCCUCAAGCCCUUCCAGCACUGCUAAACCUUUAUCUGCCUUAAUUUCCUCAUCUGUGAAAUGGAGCUAAACGAAUAAGUCCCUUGUAAAUAUUAAAGUGCUCUAUAAAUGUGAGAUUCUGUCAUUGUCUCUGACUUAUCAGUUCCUUCACACAUUGGUCCUAAUCUCUAGUAGGGACUUCACAAAUUUAUGGUGAAUUGAAAAUCCCUUCCAUCUCUCAAAGUCUAUGAUGGUGAUGUAGUUCCAGCCCAUCUGGGGAUAGUUAAAAGAUUGAUGAUGGUAGAUCAGGUCUGUAUCCUAUGUGCUCUAGGAUCUCCAGACUCUUCAGGAUGGCAGGAAACCCCAGCUUCCUGGCUAACCACUAUUCUGAGUGGGGUGGGGGGAGCACUCUCCUUGUAGCACCCAGCCUCUUGUUCCAAGUGCUCCUUUCUGUAUGGCCUGUGUGAGGCUUGGAAUAAGUUUUCCUCUGUUUUGGGAGUUGGGGGAUUGGAUUUUGACCAUCACUAUCAUCUCAUUCUCAACUUUUUCAGUGAGUUCUGGGAUAAGUUACUCCCUUCUCUUAUUAUUUUAUAUUUAAUGUUCCACACAUUCUUGCACAGUUAUUUAAAAGAAUUGCUUUUGAAUCAGAGAAUUAGGAUGGAAGCCCAUUCUCUGUGGGCUUUUAGUAAGGUAUCCUCUGUUCAGCUCCAAAAAUAGACGGUUUAACAAGGAUAACAUGCCUCAUCCUGUUCUCUUUCCUUGGCUAGAUCUCUACAUUUUGAAAGCUUUUUGUUUGUUCAGUUUAGAGAUUGAACAUUUGGGGUGGUUACUUACAGUUGUUUAAAAUGUUAUUCUUAAGUUUCAACUGUGCCAAAUAAAUGCUUAUUGAUUGACUAGCCAAUUGUGGGUAAUAGUUCAGUGGUGACAAUGUUCUAGUCUCCAUUUAGAUCAUUGGGUAAGUUGUCUAGCAUCUUUUGAAGUCUGUAUUUGCAGUAUAGACAUCUGUCUUCUGGCUGUCCACAACAGCUCCCCAGCUUCUGCUAAUUCAUUCUAGCUACCAGAUGCUCUGAAUGUCCUGCUGAGAAAGGAUGCAGUCUGGGGACCCGUCCUGGAGAGAGGUGCUGAGAUUUGCAGUGGUCUGCCGCUCCUUAACGUUGGUCCUCCAGGCCCUGUUCAAUGCUGUCAUCCCGGAUCAUGCUGCAGAUGCCUUCUCCCCACCCUGCCUGGAGCCUGCCGGCCUUGGGGACCGGCUUGUGGAAUGGCUGCUGGGGGGCUUGUCGCGCUGGGACUCGGAGCACUUCCUCUUCAUCGCAGAGCAUGGCUACGUCUACGAACACAACUUCGCUUUCUUCCCAGGCUUCCCCCUGGCCCUGCGUGCCGGGGCCGAGCUGCUGCUGUGGCCCCUGCAGGGGCUGCUCACCCUCCGCAGUCGCCUCUUGUUGGCAGCGGCCCUGCUCAACGGCCUGUUCUCGGUGCUGGCUGCCUUAGCCCUCUAUGAGCUGGGCUGCCUGGUGCUGCGUGCCCGCCGCCUGGCCCUCCUCUCGGCUCUGCUCUUCUGCCUCAGCCCCGCCAAUGUCUUCCUGGCGGCAAGCUACUCCGAGAGCCUCUUUGCCCUGCUGGUCUUCAGCGCCAUGGGCCAGCUGGAGAGGGGCCGCGACGGCCGGAGCGCCCUCCUCUUUGCCCUGGCCACUGGUGUGCGUUCCAACGGGAUCGUCAACGCUGGCUUCCUUGCCCACGCCCAGUGCCGGCGCUUCUUGUCUUCUCUGUCUGCGGGGGACCUUCCCAGGGCCCUGUGGAGAGCCCUGAGGCUGGCGGCCUUUCUGCUGCUGACAGCUCUGGGCCUUGGGCUUCCCUUCGCUCUGUUCCAGCUCUAUGCCUACAGCCAGUUCUGCCUGCCCCACGCAGCCCGCCUCCUCCCCGAGCCCCUCGUACAGCUGGCCAAGGACAAAGGCUACCGGGUCCCAGCCGGCGACCAGCCCAGCUGGUGCGCCUGGCGCUUGCCCUUGGUAUACAGCUACGUCCAGGAUGUCUACUGGAAUGUAGGCUUCCUGAGGUACUUUGAGCUCCAGCAAGUGCCCAAUUUCCUCCUGGCGGGGCCAGUGGCAAUGCUCGGGGCCUGGGCGGCCUGGACCUACGUGACCGCCAACCUCCAACACUGCUUCACACUUGGACUUCUGAGCAAGGCGGGCAGGGGCGACGAGAAGCCCCGCUCUGGGUUCCACAGCCCCCAGGUGUUUGUGUACCUGGCUCACUCCACGGCCCUGCUGUUGUUCGGAGCCCUGUGUAUGCAUGUGCAGGUUCUCACCAGAUUCUUGGGCUCCUCCACUCCCAUUGUCUACUGGUUUCCAGCUCACUUGCUCCAGGACUGGGAGCCCCUGUUGUGGACUCAAGAUGCUAUGCCUGGGAAGGUCUCUGCCAUGCACUCCCUAUUGGGACAAAGAGCCCCAGAGAAUCCUAUUUGGGGACUUGUGUGCAAAUGGAGAGCUUGCUCUCCAGUCACACGGGCCAUUCUGGCUUAUUUCCUCUCUUACUGGCUCCUGGGACUGCUCCUGCACUGUAAUUUCCUGCCUUGGACGUGACCCUCAAUCCCAGAGGACAGCCAGGCUAGGCUACAGACAUUCCCAAGGGGCUUGGAAUGAGCAGGCUGAAUCCUGGGCCCAUUUGAAAUAGAAGUCUUCAUCCGCAAUGUUUUCAAACAAGUUGGUUGAGAUUUCCAAGGAAAUGUUGGUCUUUGGAUACAAAUGGCAGGCAUUUAGGCCAAGGCUUUCUUACAGGUUUGAGGUGAACCUUCUCUGUGGUGCUCAACCCAGCCUUUAAACCCAGCUCAUUAAAUCUCUCCCCUGCCCCAGGACUAGGUACUUCAAGACCUCCCCGGACUUGAUUACCAGCGUCCCUUCUUAGCCAUUCAAGACUAACUAACACCCACCUCCAUCUUUGUAGCAUCUGUCUUUUCCCAGCCACCUCUGUUCUGGGGUAGAAGAUCACACUGUUCUCCCUGGGAGACUUUCCUGGUAGAGGGUCCCCCUGGCUAAAGAACUCUAGAAAUUCAUCCCUGGGAGUAUCAGGGAGAGCACUGGCCAGGCAAUUCUUUGAUAACCUUCAUCUACUGAAGCUGGAAAUCCAGCUGGAAAUCCCCUGUGAUGUUCCAAGAAGAGAGCCAGAUCAAAAAUGGAGUCUUCAUUUCCCCUAUGGUACCCAGAAGGCUGGUUUGGAAUCAUCUUGCUGCUUUAUCACUUAAUCACUGCUCCUUGCCAAGACUCGGUUUCCUUUUGUGUAAGUUAAGGGACUUGAAGUAAAUACUAUCUAAAACCUCUUCCAGCUUUAAAUCUGAUUAUUUCAUGACUAAGAGGUCCCCUUGCUGCUUUAGUAGGGCCUGGACGCUGUGUGGACAUUUAGAAGGAGCUCAGGAACAUCUGUCUGAGGAGGAAAAGGAGAGAAUCUAGGAAUGGGCAGAAGUAGACAGACCACAUAUCAAGAGAAAUGUUUGAUGAACUAUUUCAGGAAAUGUGCAGAUUCUUACAUGGAGAGGGGAGAAAGUAUAUGCCAUAGGGCAUAGCAGCCUCUAAUACCACAAUCUAAAAAGGCUAGACAGACUAUAUGGAAAAUUAUAUGUCCCAGCAGCUGAAGCCUAGUGAAGCCCAGGAGGAAAUUGAGAGCAUCCAUCAAGCGAGGAAACUCAGAGGGACCUCAGGGAGAGGAGACUGAAGGAAAAUGGUAACAGAGCUGGAGGAAACAGGUGAGAAGCCAGAUGUAUAGCCACGACAGAUGAUUCCCACAUCACACAUCUGCUGGUCAUCAGGCCCUGCAGGUCCCAUAAGGAGCUUGCACUGUCCAAAACAGCUCAUCAUCUCUUGGAGUCUUCCCCUUCUCUGAGCACCUUUGUUUCUGCUCAGGGCUUCACCAUCUGCCUAGUCACCCAGAAUGUCAGCCAUGGAGCCAUCAUCCGUCUCCCCCUGCACUGUCUCAUCCCAUCAGUUGCCAAGUUUUAUCUGUGAUGCUUUCACAGUGUCUUCCUGUGUGCUGCAUCUGCCCUCGUUCAGAUCAAGUCUCACCCCAUCUCCUUUGGACUACUCCUGUGGCUUCCACAGGUGUGUCUCUGCUUCCCAAGAAUCCCUCUCCAUCCUGUCCCCCAUAAGGCUUUUAGAUGCCCACUCCUUUGCCCAAAGAGCUUCCAAGACUGUUGUGUUGAACAGCAAACAUGCUUCUCUGGUACCCAAAGGAUGCCACAGUCUGGCUGUAGCUUUUUCUGUCUGGACUAAUUUCAUAUCCCUCCCAGUGACACCCUCGACUUUCCAGGUAGACCCUACUGGCCCUGCCUGGCACCUCUGUACAGAUCAUCUCCUAUACUUAAAUGCUGGCAUCCCUAGUAUGUUCAAGACCUAGUCCAGCAUCACUUUCUACUCGGUGCCUUCUCCCCAGUUUUAGGACUUCCUUUGCCCCAAGGAAGGUGAUGUCUUUGUAGACCUUUUUUCCCUCCUCUACCAAUCAAUAGACUUCAGAAUCUCCUGAGGACAGGGACCAUUUUUUUUUUUUUUGUCUUUGUAUCCCUGCCUUCUAGCACAAUAAUGCUUGUUGAAGCUUAGUCCCAGAAGAGAGUUGGCGAAAUAUACCUUCUCCCUUUCUUCAUAAAGAGAUAUAGAAAACUGAACAUAAAUGUCCACUUUAAUUUAUUGAGCCUUUUUUUUUGAUUUGUUCUUUUUUUAUUCUUUGCUACUGCUUGCUGGGUAGGGGAGAUCACCAAUAAAAGUUUUGAAAUAAAGAUAAA